CAGAAAUAAAGAGACAGAAGAAAUGGUGGAAAGAAGGGGAGACAUGGCCACUCUGGUUCUCCUCGCCGUGGUUCUCUCCACGUUCUCAUUGCUGCAUGCUGAACAGGAACCCGUCUACACCGUGUGUGCUCGUGGGUUCUUUCUGAGUGAACAGGACAUCUGCCUUAAGUGUAAUUGCAAAGGCCACACCGACACAUGCGAGGACAUCACAGGCAUCUGCAUAGACUGUCAGGAUCACAGUACAGGAGAUUUCUGCGAGCGAUGUAAAGAUGGAUUUGUUCUUCAGGAAUUUCCAGACGGACGACACGAGUGCCGCCCAUGUGCAUGCCCCAUCGCCUCUGAAACCAACAACUUUGCGGCUGUGUGUGACGUGAGAGGUGCUUCACUGCGCUGUGUGUGUCAGGACGGCUAUGCCGGACACUACUGUGAGAGGUGCGCUCCUGGUUACUUUGGCAACCCCAUGCGUGCCGGCGACUCGUGCAAGAAAUGCGACUGUAACGGAAACUCUGACCCCAAUCUGAUCAUUAAAGAGUGCCACAACGUGACUGGCCGGUGCCUACACUGCUACGGUGACACAGCCGGGGACAACUGUGAGAGGUGUGCACCUGGUUACUAUGGUGAUGCCAUCAGCGCCAAGAACUGCCGCAAGUGUGAGUGUAAUAAAUGUGGUACAGCAUCGUGUGAUGACAAGACAGGAGUGUGUCACUGUAAACCCGGAGUUACAGGACAUCUGUGUGAUCAGUGUGAGGAGGGUUACUCAGGGUUCAGUAGCUGUAUGGGAUGUAGACGGUGUGAAUGUGCCGCUGCUGCUCUGUACCCCUCCUGUAAGGCUCUGACACAAGCAUGUGAGUGCCGCCCGGGGGCCGGAGGGCGCUACUGUGAUCGCUGUUUACCCGGGUACUGGGACUACUCAUCGUCUGGCUGCAAGAAGUGUGAUUGUGCUGAAGGUAAUUGUGAUGUUCAGACUGGUGAGUGUUUACCGGAGAUGUCUCAGGUCAGCGAGUGCAGCAUUGAUUGUGAUGAGUGUAUCUGGCACCUGAUUGGUGAUAUUCGUAAGUCUAACACUACAGUGGAUCAGCUGAGGAACAGUGUACUGAACAUUUCCACUGGAGCUGCAGCUCACGAUCGUCUCAAAUACUACAACUAUACUGUACACUCACUGCGGACUCAGUUUGUUGGAUGGAAGAAUAAAUCGGAUGUGAUGAGGAAACAGACGGGAGAACUGGAGGAGGAGAUAACACAUCUACACACCGACACUGAACGACUCUCUGAGAAGAAGGAGGAUGCGCUCUUGAUAAGGAAUCAGGUGGACGACGACACUCUGAGCAGCCUCACAUUGGCAGAGAUGCUAGCAGCUAAUAUGACCUUGCUUAAUUUGCUGAUUGAAGAUAUGAUUACUGAUUGGGAGUUGUACAGUGACAAGGUGGAAGUGGAUCCUGAAAUUCAGAAGCAAAAGCUGGAGGAGGCCGAGCUCAUGAUCAGCACCAUGAGAAACCUGAACAUCUCACCCAAACACCCCCUCUCCACCCAGGAGAAUGCCAACGCCACCCAACUUCUACAGCGCGUGCGUCAGAUGGAGAAGAGCAUUUCAUCGAUGGAAGGACGAGUUCCUGCUAUCAAAAAAUUGAUGGAGCAGUUUAGCACAAAGCUAACUCAUGCUCAGAUGCACCUUAAAAGAGCCGAUGAUGUACUUCAACAAACGCACAACACACACUCACAGAACCAGCUCCGAAUCCAGCGCAGACGGUCUGAGCAGCAGCGACUGAUGGAAAAUUCCGAUGCUGUCAAUCAAACUAUGACAGAAGCCAGUGACAUGAUAGCUGAGGCAAACAUGGGCGUGGCAGAGCUGGGCAUCAUGGUUAAGAAUAUAAGUGGGUACCAUGCUGCUUUGGAUGGAGCUACAGUAUCCGUACAGGAGAAGAUUGAUCAGCUUUCUCAGGCUGAUGGAGAUUUAGUACAGAGAACUACUGAGCACGCUGAAGAACUAAAGAGACACGCUGAGGAACUACAACAGAAUCUGAAGGGCGGUGAUGUGAAUGGAUUUGUGCAUAAAGCUCUGGAAGCUUCUAACGUUUAUAAUAAUAUUGUUAAAUACGUGGAUGAGGCUGACAACACCAGCUCGUUGAUGCUAAACGUGUCCACCAGGACACAGGAUGCAGUGGGUGGAUUAAUGUCUCAGCUGAACUUCCUCAAAAGUCAGAGUGAUCACAUGUUCACUGAGUCUCUAACAAGCAGCACUGACCUACAAGAGGUGGAAUCCAGCGUCAUUGAUGUCCAGAACUACAUUGAAGAGACCAAAGAAAUGAUGGCAGCAAAGCGUAGAAAACUAGAGGAGAUUGUUGAUUACAUCAACAGAAUACAGAGAGCCCCAAAAUUGCAGUUUACCCAGGAGGCGGCAGAAGGCGCUCUAAAUCGCUCGGCUGAGGUUUUAGGGGUGGUGACUCCGAUUAAUGAGCAAGUGCAGGAGUGGAGCAAUAACAUGAGGAACAAUCAGUACUCCAAGGCUGCAUAUGAACAGGCUGUAAACUCUGCUCGUAAUACAGUGAGGAACUUAUCUGAGAUCGUUCCUCAGUUACUGAACAAAUUGCGUGAUGUAGAAGAGAAGAAACCUUCCAACGUCUCCACCAGCAUCAUGAGGAUCAGAGAACUCAUUGCUCAGGCUCGCAGUGUUGCCAGCAAGGUGCAGGUAUCGAUGAAGUUUAAUGGACAAGCAUCAGUGGAGCUCCGUCCCCCUGCUAAAGUAGAGGAGCUAAAGGCGGUGACGUCCAUCAGUCUGUACAUACGAGUGGAUCCCGAUAGUGAUCCCAUUGAAGAUCGAUUCCUUCUGUACCUUGGAGACAAGAGUGGAAGUAAGGACUACAUGGGCCUGGCUAUAAAGAAUGAUAACCUGGUGUUUAUAUACAAAUUGGGAGGAGAUGAUGUGGAGAUUCCUCUCAGCACCAAACCUGUCAGCUCCUGGCCUCCUGUCUUCAACCAUGUUAAAGUAGAGAGGCUGGGUCGACACGGUAAGGUGUAUCUAACGAUACCCAGCCAGGGGUCGGUAGCGGAGCAGAAGUUCAUAAAUAAGGGAGAAUCGGAAGGAACCGACUCACUUCUUCAUCUCAGUCCUAAAGACACUGUGUUCAUCGUCGGAGGAGCUCCACCCGGUGUCAAGCUUCCUCCUGCUUUGAGUUUAGCUCAGUUUGUUGGAUGUGUUGAACUUGCCACCAUUAACAAUGAUGUUAUCAGUCUGUACAACUUCAAAAAACUACAUGACAUGAACGUGGUGGCGUCCAACCCCUGUCCCAGGUACAAGCUGGCAUUUACUCAGGGCCGCUCCACAAGUUACCUGUUUGAUGGUUCUGGGUACGCGCUGGUGAAAAACGUUGAGCGGCGUGCCAGGAUGGGCCAAGUCACCAGAUUUGACAUAGAAGUGCGAACAGUCGCUAAAGAUGGAGUUCUCUUCCUCAUGGUUAACCAAACACAGGAUAAUUUCUUUAUACUGGAGUUGAAAAACGGUUUCCUGAAACUGGCUUAUGAUUUUGGAUUUGCUACUGGUCCGGUCAUCAUGGACAGCAGCGCCACCAAAGUGCAGAUCAGUGAUGCCAGAUACCAUGAGGUAUCAGUAAUCUACCACCAUUCAAAGAAGGUGAUCCUGCUGGUGGACAGAAAGUCCAUCAAAUCCAUAGAGAGCGAGAAGAAAACGCUACCAUUUAGUGAUAUUUACAUCGGGGGGGCACCAUCAGUCCUGCUGCAUUCACGACCUGAGUUCAUGUCUCUGGUUGGACUGAAGGGCUGUGUGAAAGGGUUCCAGUUCCAGAAGAAGGACUUUAAUCUGCUGGAGGAACCAGGAACCAUUGGCAUCAGUAGCGGCUGCCUGGAGGAAGCUUUUAUGUCUCGGAAAGCAUAUUUUGCAGGUAAUGGAUAUCUGGGCUCUACAGCAAAGAUUUCUCCAUUUAGUUCAUUUGAAGGAGGAAUGAACUUCAAAACCCUGCAGCCGUUUGGGCUUCUGUUUUACCAUCAAGACGGGAAUGAUGAGUUCUCUCUCUCACUGGAGAAUGGAGCUGUGGUUCUUCACUCCAAAGGGACAAAAGUAAAAUCACAAAGAAGCAACUACCACGAUGGGCGACCUCACUUCCUGGUUGCCUCUGUCACCAAGCAGAAUUAUCAGCUGGUGAUUGAUGAUAAAGACAAACAGGAGAAGAAGAACUCAGACUCAUCAGUAUCUCAGACUGAUGGAGUGAAACAGUUUUAUUUUGGAGGAUCCUUAAGCACUAGCAUCUCUAACUUCACUGGUUGUAUCAGUAACGCCUACAUCAGCAGACAGGACCGGGAUAUCGAGGCUGAGGAUUUCCAGCAUUACUCUGAUAAAGUUCAGGUAUCUCUGCAGGAAUGUCCAUUAGAAAGACCAACCACUAGUGUCCAAACCACUCAUACACGCUCCGCCCGCCAUGCCCCUGCAGCUUUACACCAGAAAAUGAAUGGGUUGCAGGAUGACGGUCCAGCACCUCAGGGGACAAAGACCACCCCCUCUUACUUCUCAUCCCACCCACGUGCUGUGAGGCAUGCUCACUAUGAUAGCUCUGCUGAGAUCAUCAAAGAGAAACAUAAUCUGACAUUUACUCAGGGCCGCUCCACAAGUUACCUGUUUGAUGGUUCUGGGUACGCGCUGGUGAAAAACGUUGAGCGGCGUGCCAGGAUGGGCCAAGUCACCAGAUUUGACAUAGAAGUGCGAACAGUCGCUAAAGAUGGAGUUCUCUUCCUCAUGGUUAACCAGGAUAAUUUCUUUAUACUGGAGUUGAGAAACGGUUUCCUGAGACUGGCUUAUGAUUUCGGAUUUGCUACUGGUCCGGUCAUCAUGGACAGCAGCGCCACCAAAGUGCAGAUCAGUGAUGCCAGAUACCAUGAGGUAUCAGUAAUCUACCACCAUUCAAAGAAGGUGAUCCUGCUGGUGGACAGAAAGUCCAUCAAAUCCAUAGAGAACGAGAGGAAAACGCUACCAUUUAGUGAUAUUUACAUCGGGGGGGCACCAUCAGUCCUGCUGCAUUCACGACCUGUUUUCAUGUCUCUGGUUGGACUGAAGGGCUGUGUGAAAGGGUUCCAGUUCCAGAAGAAGGACUUUAAUCUGCUGGAGGAACCAGGAACCAUUGGCAUCAGUAGUGGCUGCUAGGAGGAAGCUUUUAUUCUCUGGUCCCGGUGAACAUGCAGAAGAUGAAGAGCUUCACCGGCUGUGUGAGGAACGUCCUCCUUAACAAACUCCUGCUUGAUUUCACUCAACGUUGGAACCUGCCCUGCAG